UUUUAAAAACAGCAUUUCGAUAUGGUUUCAUUUCGAUAUGGUUUGUUGGUUAAUAUACAAACAAUUGAGUUAAAUACAGGGGUAAAAUGGAACCAAAGAAAAAUAAUUAAUCGGAUAAUGUUUGCCGCGUCGUUACUUGUGUAUGUGGAGGAAAAUACUAGAAGUAUUAAUAUUGUUGCAUGUUUAACGAAUGGAACAACAGCCUAA